AUAUGGAGAACUUACCACGGGAAAGAGCAGUAAGCCAAAAGAGCUAACUAAGCCAAACGUGAUUGGGGACUUGGUUGUCUAAGUUUACAUUUUGGUGUGCGAUAGCAAUUGCUUAUUUUCAACAUGAAGUAACUCUGUACGAUUUUGGAUUAAUGCUUUUGGACCGUUUGAAAAGGUGCCUGACAUGGACGCAAUAUUUCACGAGAGACAAGAAGGUUCUCUGUGUGCCCAGCAUUGUCUAAAUGCACUCCUUCAGGGCCCUUACUUCACUGCAGUGGAUCUGGCAGAGAUAGCCAGGCAGUUGGAUGAAUCUGAAAGGAGGCACAUGGCAGUGGCAGGAGAAGACUCAGAAGAUUACAGAAGAUUUUUGGAGCAAGGAUCUACUAAUAUGGAUGACAGUGGUUUCUUCUCAAUACAAGUGAUCAACAAGGCACUGGAGGUGUGGGCCUUGGACAUGAUUCCAUACAAUAGUCCAGAUCCUGUGGCUGUUGGUGCAAGAGAAAACCCAGUAGAGCAACAGGCUUUCAUUUGUAACUUCAAGGAACAUUGGCUGUCUAUCAGAAAACUUGGCCAUCAGUGGUUUAAUUUGAACUCUUUGCUCACAGAACCAGAACUUGUUUCUGAUACUUUUCUUGCCAUGUUUCUUAUGCAAUUACAACAAGAAGGCUACUCAAUAUUUGUCAUAACUGGGCACCUACCAGACUGCGAGGCUGACCAGCUAUUACAACUGACCCCAGCUGUCCAGCCAAUCAAGCCAAAGCUGAUCACAGAAUCUCAAGAUGCCCAAGCUGGCAGUAGUGCAGAACAAGAUGAUAGUGCCAGAUAUCAGUUUAGGCAGUCAGACUUGGAGAAGGCCCUUGCAGAAAGUGCCAAAACACUUGAGGGAACUGAGGAAGAUGACCUCCAAAAGGCCCUUAAGCUUAGUGUGGAAGGUAUACUACCAGGUAGCAGUGAGGAUACUGUUGAUGGUGGUGCUGUUGAAAGUGACGUUCAUUCAGUCACAGAUGGUGCCGAUAAGAACUGUGAUACCAGUAGUGGAAAUAACAUAGUCACAGCCGAGGAGAUACGGCUACGGAGAUUAGCAUAUUUAGACAAACCUGAACAUGGAACAGAUACUCCAGAAAAAACUGAAGAGGAGGACUUGCAACAAGCUAUCAAAAUGUCAAUGGAGAGCACCUGAUCUUUUCAGCCUUGCCCUGCCCGGCCUGAACAUGGAUGACCAUGGUCCAUCUAACAAUUCAGCAGAGCUAUAUGUCUGUGCCAUUGCCUUUCCACAGACGUUGCAAGCUUCUAACUGUAUGGAAUGUAUUUGAUAUAGCAACAGUGCAUGUUCAUUAUAAGUAAAGCAACAUUGCAUGACCAUUAUGAAGUAAAACAAAAGGAAACCAGAUGGAUGACUAAUGCUAAUUUCUCUUAAUGAGCCAGCUGAAUGUGUAUCGUGCAGAAGAUUUGAAUUAGUAGAUAUUGAUUAAUAUUUAGAUGCAUUAAGGGGGCAUCUAAUGUUAUGUUGACAGAAAAGCUAACUACUGCUACUAGUGCUGAAGGUUUCAGUUUGCAGGGUUUUACACAGUAGUAGUAUAGGCAGCUGAUUAUUGGCCAGUAUCAAUUAUAAUUAAUUUUUGUCUGAGCACAAAUGGUAGAUGUGCUUGGUAAAGCUAAUGUUUACUUCUUGAAGAUCAGUGAUAUUGGUAUUUGUUAUCAGUUAAGCUUAAAGUGAACUUUUUAUCUUUAGAUUACUCCGUUUGCUGCAAAAGUAAUUCAUUUAUAUUUCUUGUAAGUAGAAGCAUACAUAUUUAUUUGGGAAUUACAUGACAACUUAUAUAAAUUUUUUCAUGGUUUUGUAAUACAUUCAGUAAAAGUUUA